GUUUCGAAAUGGCAAAGAAAUCAUCCGGUAGUGCACCAUCUCGUGCUUCUGGAAGAUCAGGAAAGCAAACCACUCACUUCCAGGUUGUGCACGAUGCCACGAAACACCGGGCAAAGCGUAGCAAAUCGUCUAAAUCUGGAGACUCGAAGAGCUCUUCUCAGGACGCUUCAGUCAAGAAGAUUCUUGAUCACAAACUAUUCAACACGCACUACGUUGAAUAUAAUGUCCUCCUUUCAAAUGGCAGGAAAAUGAUGGCCACUGAGUUCGAUUUUGAGGGCAAAAAGGAGCAGAAACUAUUGGCCGAUUACAAGUAUAAGAUCACCAACCAAGAUGAUGAUCCAGAUGAGGAUUUUGCUGUCGAGAAAAUCAUUGCUCACCGCUUCAGCGGAAAGAAGAACAAGCCACUGUUUUUGGUCAUGUGGCGUGGAUACCCAAACCCGGUGUCUCACUCGGAGAUGUGGGAGAAUGAGUUGUCGAACUGCAAAGAUCUUCUUGAAGCCUACAAAGAUUCUCAUGACAUGAAACCACCACCGGUCAAGAAGUCUAACAAGAAGAAGGGAAGCAAGAAAUCGCCGAAAAAGUCCGCUAAAUCGAAGGAUGAUGACUCUUCCGACGAAGAGGAAGAAGAGGAAGUCAAAGAGAAAUCUCCAAAGAAAUCCUCGAAAUCCACAAAGAGAGCUGCUUCUGAUGAUGAUGAAGAAGAGGAGCCUGUUGCUACAAAGAAGUCGAAGAAAUCGAAGCGUGCUGAGACUCCUGAGGAAGAAGACGACGAAGAAGAAGAGGUUGUUAAGACUCCGAAGAAGACGAAGAAAUCGAAGCGUGCUGAGACUCCUGAGGAAGAAGACGAAGUAGAAGAAGAGGUUGUUAAGACUCCAAAAAAGUCGAAGUCUUCGAAGAGUCCAAAGAAGUCGAAACGCGCUGAAACCUCCGACGAGGAAGACGAGGAUGAGGAAGAUGAGAAAGAAGCACCUAAAUCGAGCAAGAAACAGGAAAAGGCCAAAUCAAGCAAACGUGUUGCUGAAGAUUCAGGAAAUGAAGAAGAAGAUCAAGACAAUACUAGUGGAAGUGGCAGCGAGGGUGAAGAAGAAGAAGAAGAAGCAUCGUCCAACGGAAAGAGAAAGUCUAGACAUUAGGCAAAUAUUUCAACGACCGUUUUAAAUAUUUUAUUUUAUUUUUCCCCAUUCUGUAACGUUCCACAUUUUCACUCAAAAUCUCUUAAUUCUUUUCGUUCUGCUCAUUUAAUCCCCCACACUGUCUUUACAAAUGCAUUUGAGUUUCUCAAAAUCUCAAUGUAUUCCGAUUCUAAUGUUUUAUUUUAAUCAUGCUGUCUUCAAUUAUCUGUUGUUAACAUAUAAUAUUCACCAAUGAAGAAGAUC